AUGACCUUCCAAGUUCCUUACGACUAUUCUUCGAGCCCUUUGGCGCCAUCGACACCAGACCGAAGAUCAGGCAAUGGAAAGAACAUAUUUGCUAUGUCUAAUCCAUCGACCACGCCGGCAGGGCCGCCGCCAUCUUCCGCCAAUUCCUUCACUCCAGCGGGACAACCCCCAAGCUCUGUCUUUGGCAGCUCUAUGAUGGGCCCGCCCAACCCCGUCAAGCCACUCUCUUUCGCUCAGAAGAGCGCAUUCGAACCCGCCAACCGCGGCUACGAUAGUCCCGGGUCCUCGCAGUUCGUAGAAUCUCUGCAGUCAUCGGCAGGGCCAUCACGCUCAAGGCUAAACCAAGAGUACAAGCCAACUCCUCGACGUGGUUUCCAAGCGCCAGAAAGUGACUACGAGGACGAAGAUAGCGGCGACUAUACGCAGGAGGAUGAUACCUUUGACCAAAGUAGGAAUAGGAAAUCCACUGCCCAUCAGGAUGAUGAUAGCAUGGCAGACGAUGAGCCCAGAUAUGACGAUGACGAUGACAUGGAUGAUUAUCAAUCUGAAUUCGCGGAGUCAAGGAUGCAUGAGCGCAGUUUUGGGCAGCGUAGCCCAGGAGAUUUAUUACUCAACACCCCCGCUGCCUUGAAGAGAAGCCAGCAAGGUGGUGGACUUAGUCUGGAGGAAUCUUUUGGCGCCAGACGAAAGCCCUCGACGUUUGGGAAAAUUGCCAAAGACAUGUAUUCUCAGAUGAAGAUACCCGAGACCGACGAAUCGGAUGAUCUCAUUUUGAACACUGAGAGCAUCAUCGCUAGACUGUAUGAGGAAGGAAUUGAAAAUACUAGUAAAGAGGAUCUGCAAGAAACUUUGACAGAUAUUUCUGGAGAACUUACCAUACUUUGGUCUGAGUAUUACCAAAAAACACAAACAUAUGAUAAUGAUGCAUAUGUUGCGUCGAUCGGUCCUGGCGCCAAAGAGUCAAACUUUGCCAAAGCGAAUUUCGUUGCCGGUCUAGCUAUGCAGCUCCAUCAUCCACCACCCGACGCAACGCAUCAGAACAACAUUAUUACACCAUUUCCCUUCGUACUAUUAAUAUGGAUGGACUUAUACCACAACCCAUUUCCUGGUCAAAUAGAAGAAGUUAUGUCUGCGGUCCCAAGUCCAGCAAGCCAUCGACUCUUUUGGGAUACUCUCUUCAAUUGUCUUCUUAGAGGAAAUGUUGGGGCUGUUUUCACCAUGUUGGAGAGAUCGAAUUGGAGGUCAUCGCACGCAGAAAUUCGCAGCUCGCAUGGCGGAGGCUACUCGGAGCAAGUGAUGGCAAAUAUCGAGAAAGUCAUCAGCGCAGCAGCAAACUUAUUUCGUCACUGUCCAGUAAUGGCAAGACGUCGACAUGACUGGAACACGCGAAGUUCAGACUGGACCAUAUUCAGAUUGCAAGCCGCGCAGGCAUUAGAAGAUCUGAAAAAAUUUGCUGAAGGACGAGAUGCGGAUGAAAAUGGAAACCAUUCUCGUGGAAUGGGAAAAGUAUCACUAUCAGAUACACACUCGUAUAGCACAAUUGCGGAAAAGGCAGGAAGUAAAAUACCAUGGCACAUCUACCAAAAUCUUGUCACGCUGUACAGUUUCGCUCUAGGAGACAAAAAUACGAUUAUUGAAAGUGCUCAAGAUUGGUGCGAAGCAACGAUCGGGUUGCUUGUAUGGUGGGAUGAGGGCAAAGAGGAUAGACGAGUUGCUCUUGGCCAGUCUCGACUUGCCCAACGUGGUUAUCAAGAAGACGACUCCGAGGUGUAUUUUCGCAAACUUCGCAAAUCUUUUGAAACUGCCACUGCAGAAAGUACGGACUUUCAAGUGAAUACUCUAAAUCCCGUCGAAGUAGCGCUUGCUGCAGUCUUCGAAGGGGAUUAUGAAGCUGUCAUAGGAUUCCUGCGAGGAUGGUCUGGCCCAGUAUCUUCAGCGGUAGCCGAAGUUGCUUCGAUUGGAGGAUGGCUUCCGCCAGCUGAGCCACAAAGUCUUAUUAAUAUGGGUAGUUUAGACCAGGACGAUAUGGAUUUACUCGGUAUCUCGUCCGCCUCUAAAGUCGAUGGCGUCAAAGACCAAACUUUGAUCACAUAUGCUAAAUCUGUCUCUCAUCGCGAGUUACUCAGAUCUUCGGGCAGUGUUGGAAGAAAGCAGCCCUCGAGAGAAGGCUGGGAAAUUGCCAUUGCUGUUUUGGGGCGGCUUGAAUCUGCUACUCGGUCUGAAGAGAUGGUGGGAACGUUCUUGAAAGAUUUCCAGCUCGACUCAUCGGCUACGGUUGACAAGCUCUGGUUACUCCUUCAAGACUCUUAUGCUGAUAAUCUUGCUAAGAGUACCCACAAAUAUGGUGAGGCUUUGUGGUACUAUGCCCUCGCUCACAAAACCACGAAGGUGCGCGAUGUGUUAGAUUUGUUGAUAUCAUACUCUUUGAUUCAAUCGACUGCGUUCCCGCCCACCUCUGAGCUUGAUGAGUACCUAAAAGAGGUUAUUACAUCACCAAAGUCGAGCUUGAUGAAUUUAUCAAAGAUGGAUAUUGAGGCCGCCGAGCUGCUUCGUAAUUCACUUAGCGGCUACGCUACUUUACGGAAAUUCUUCGAUGUUCGAGAUGAAACCAUCUCAUCUCCAUCCGGUGGGAAGCCAACAGGUACGGCAGUUCGAAGAAGAGAAGCUGCUGCAGCACUAUUUGCUGUUAUAACUAGUUCAAGUGAUAACAUUCGAGGCGGUCUCUAUGAUGAGGACCGCGGUGCAGUGGUGUCCGUAGACUUUCUUCUCGCCCUUCUCGGCGAAGCCCUCCCGUUUGUAAACCAAAACACUAUUCUGUUGACGGUUGCUCAGAUCGAAACCCUCCUCAGAGCCAUCGAAGACCUCCAGACUGUUGGACCACGAAUCUACAACGUCUGUUCCGAAUUUCUAGAGACCGUUCUCGCUUCAGCACAAGGUCUCAAGGGUUCAGCUCCUUCUGACAUGCUGAGAAAGUCUACGUCGAAUAUCAGCGCUGGGAGUUUCUCCAUGGUGGGAAGUUCCAUGCUGGCAAGUCAGAUGAAGCAGAGUAUGAGUAGCAGCGGUGUUCUAGUUAAGGGUAACAUUAAGCGAGGAUGGGAUUGGAGAAAGAAUGCAUCUGCCAAUAUGAAGGGAGACGAUCUGUUGAGAAUUCUGAGAUUGGGAUUAGCAACGGCUUUGGCAGACGCGUGGUUAAGAGAGGCGGAUGGUGGAUUAUGA